GUACUUUCGGAGUCCUACAAAUACUCAUGGUGUCUUAGUGCUCUUCUCGGUCUACUAUUCUUUCAAAAGUUACAGCCACAACGACAGAAGAGUGGAUCAGAAAGGUGGUUAAAGAAUAACACAACAUUUAGAGCAUUCGCGUUGAAAGGCGAUGUUGCUGAGAAACUGUUACCCAAAGGGGCAGGGAAGUGGACGAUGGCACCCGCAACGCAACAGCGCUUCCUUGAAGAGAAGCCAGGACGUCUGAACCUUUCAGACAAGAGAACCAGCGGGCUCCGGGGAGGGGGGUUGUCUCCUCACCAGACUAUGAGCUCCUUGACAGGAGAAAGCGUGUCUUACUCAUCUUUGUAUCUUCAGUGUCUGGCACAAUUCCUGAUACACAAGUCAAGGUGAAUUUGGGACAUGGCCACUGCUUCACCAAGGUCUGAUACUAGUGAUAACCACAGUGGAAGGUUACAGCUAAAGGUAACUGUUUCUAGUGCCAAACUAAAAAGAAAAAAGAACUGGUUUGGAACAGCAAUAUAUACUGAAGUCAUUGUAGAUGGAGACAUUAAGAAAACAGCAAAAUCCAGUAGUUCUUCUAAUCCAAAAUGGGAUGAGCAGCUGACUGUAAAUGUGACCCCACAGACCACCUUGGAGUUUCGAGUUUGGAGUCAUCACACUUUAAAAGCAGAUGCUCUGUUAGGAAGAGCAGCAGUAGACUUGAAACAAGUGCUGUUAACACACAACAGAAAAUUAGAAAAAGUGAAGGAACAAUUAAAACUUUCCUUGGAAAACAAGAAUGGCAUAGUGCAAACUGGUGAAUUGACAGUUAUACUUGAUGGAUUAGUAAUUGAGCAAGAAAAUGCAACAGGCCGCAGCUCACCUUCACCCAUAGAAAUACAGCAGAAUGGGGACGCCCUACAUGAAAAUGGAGACCCUUCAGCAAGGACAGUGACCAGGUUGGCUGUUGAAGGUACUAUUGGAAUUGAUAAUCAUGUAUCAACAAAUACUGUUGUUCCCAACUCAUGCUGUUCACAUGUCAUUAAUGGAGAAAACACACCUUCAUCCCCGUCUCAGGUUGCUGCCAGACCCAAAAAUAUUCCAACUGCAAAACCACUCACAUCUGAGCCCACCAGUGACACGGUUAAUGGAGAAUCAUCUUCAUCUGUCCUAGCUGACAGUACUUCCACCAUGGGUACUCCACUACCAUCUGAAGAUACCACCUCAACUUCCAAUUGCACUAGCACCACCGUUCAAGAGCCUUCUGUACAAGAACCCCCGGCAUCCUCAGAACACAGUGAAUGUAUUCCCUCUACCAGUACAGAAGUGGGACCAGAAACUCAGAGCCUCAUAGACCCUGACUCUGAUUCCAGAAAUAAUUCUGUUUUUGACAAAUUAAGGCAGCCAGAAGGGUGUGCAGAACCUCUGCGGCCACAGUCUGGAAAUUCCAACACAGAAUCUUUGCCAUCAGGGUGGGAACAGAGAAAAGAUCCUCAUGGUAGAACCUAUUAUGUAGAUCAUAAUACUCGAACUACUACAUGGGAGAGACCACAGCCUUUGCCUCCAGGCUGGGAAAGAAGAGUAGAUGAUCGUGGAAGAGUUUAUUAUGUGGAUCAUAAUACCAGAACAACAACCUGGCAGCGACCUACCAUGGAAUCUGUACGAAAUUUUGAGCAGUGGCAGUCUCAGCGGAAUCAAUUGCAGGGAGCUAUGCAACAAUUCAACCAACGAUACCUCUAUUCGGCUUCAAUGUUAGCUGCAGAAAAUGACCCAUACGGACCUUUACCACCAGGUUGGGAAAAAAGAGUGGAUUCAACAGACAGAGUUUACUUUGUGAAUCAUAAUACAAAAACAACCCAGUGGGAAGACCCAAGGACUCAAGGCUUACCCAAUGAGGAACCCCUGCCAGAAGGCUGGGAAAUCAGGUAUACCCGGGAAGGUGUUAGGUACUUUGUUGAUCAUAACACAAGAACAACUACAUUCAAAGAUCCUCGCAAUGGGAAGUCAUCUGUAACUAAAGGUGGUCCACAGAUUGCUUAUGAACGCAGCUUUAGGUGGAAGCUUGCUCAUUUCCGUUACUUGUGCCAGUCUAAUGCACUACCCAGUCAUGUAAAGAUCAAUGUGUCCCGACAGACAUUAUUUGAAGAUUCCUUCCAACAGAUUAUGGCAUUAAAACCAUAUGACUUGAGGAGGCGAUUAUAUGUAAUAUUUAGAGGAGAAGAAGGCCUAGAUUAUGGUGGCCUUGCAAGAGAAUGGUUUUUCUUGCUUUCCCAUGAAGUUUUGAACCCAAUGUAUUGCUUAUUUGAGUAUGCAGGCAAGAAUAACUAUUGUUUACAGAUAAAUCCAGCAUCAACUAUAAACCCUGAUCAUCUUUCAUACUUCUGCUUUAUUGGCCGCUUUAUUGCAAUGGCACUAUUCCAUGGAAAGUUUAUUGAUACUGGUUUCUCUUUACCAUUCUACAAGCGUAUGCUAAGUAAAAAGCUUACUAUUAAGGAUUUGGAAUCUAUUGAUACUGAAUUUUAUAACUCCCUUAUCUGGAUAAGAGACAACAACAUUGAAGAAUGUGGUUUAGAAAUGUACUUUUCUGUAGACAUGGAGAUUCUUGGAAAAGUCACUUCACAUGAUCUGAAGUUGGGAGGUUCCAAUAUUCUGGUGACUGAAGAAAACAAAGAUGAAUAUAUUGGUUUAAUGACAGAAUGGCGUUUUUCACGAGGAGUACAAGAGCAGACCAAAGCUUUCCUUGAUGGGUUUAAUGAAGUUGUUCCCCUUCAGUGGCUACAGUACUUUGAUGAAAAAGAAUUGGAGGUUAUGCUGUGUGGCAUGCAAGAGGUCGACUUGGCAGACUGGCAGAGAAAUACUGUUUAUCGACAUUAUACGAGAAACAGCAAGCAAAUUAUUUGGUUUUGGCAGUUUGUGAAAGAGACUGAUAAUGAAGUAAGAAUGCGACUCUUGCAGUUUGUCACUGGAACCUGUCGCUUACCUUUAGGAGGAUUUGCGGAGCUCAUGGGAAGUAAUGGGCCUCAAAAGUUUUGUAUUGAAAAAGUUGGCAAAGACACCUGGUUACCAAGAAGCCAUACAUGUUUUAAUCGCUUGGAUCUACCACCAUAUAAGAGUUAUGAACAACUAAAGGAAAAACUUCUUUUUGCAAUAGAAGAGACAGAGGGAUUUGGACAAGAAUGAAUGUGGCUUCUUGUCUUGGAGGAGCUCUUGCAUUUAAAUACCCCAGCCAAGAAAAAUUGCACAGAUAGUGUACAUAAGCUGUUCGUUCUGUACAGUUAAUUUUCUGAACCUCUCAAAGUAUAAAUGUUUUCCGUUCUUCCACAGAAAUAUGCAAAACAUUCAUCAUUUUCUACUUUAUUUAUUGUUCCCUUGAAAUGACUGACCAGGAAAAGAUCAUCCUUAAAUUUUGAAGCAAGCAAGAGAAUUUAUUAAGAAGUCUAUAUCUAUAUAAGCAUUUAUGACAGUGGCUCUAGUUUUAUAGAGCACCAGGUGUAUUAAACAUGGCAACUGUUCAUUCACAAAGCUCUGAAAUUGCUUUGCCUUGUUUCUGUUAUCCAGGGGAAAAGUGCAAAUGUUCCAUAUUCUUCUCUCUAGGUGACAUCUGAUUGUUUUUAGUUGCAUGUCUGUUCAGGAAGGAAUCUUAGGGCUUAGGCCAACUCUCACUUUAAGUGUAUUUUUAAAAUGCUGCUGGCUUUUCUGAAGACAAGUACUUCAACUUAUUGAGUUGUUCUAAAUGAAUAGUUUUUAAAAAAUCCCCAUCAUUGUUAUAUCAGUAAACACAGAAGUCAUGUAAUAGACAUUAGUAUCUAGGAGCAGCUGGAAUUGAUUUGCUGAGCAGCAGAGGUCUAUUUAAGUGUUAUUUUGGGUGUUGGUUAUUUGGGGAAAUUAAAAGAAUCUGGCAUUUCUGUACUUAACAUUUUUAAACUUCUUGUAAUGUUCUUCAAAUUUAAUUAAUAAUAAAUUGAUAGUUUAAUACUUAGGGAUACAUAAAAGGUACUGAACUUUGCUGCUUUUGUGCCCAAGGUUUAGUUUUAUGAAAUCAGAGAUGUAAUUAAACUAAAUGCACUGGAAAGCUGCAGAAGUAUUUAAAUAUUCAUACUAAGAACUUUUCUUAGUGUUUGGAUAUCCCCUUCCUUUCAAAUUCAUCAAAAUUGUUCCUAAGUUCAGAGGUAUAUUAAAGAUUCUUUGUGCACCCCAUUUUAUAUAGAUAAGUUUUAUCCAAAUAACAAUGAUUUUCAUUUUGAGGGCAUUCAUGAUGUAUGAAAAAAUUAAUAUCUAAUGUGAAUGAUAUUGCUACUUUUGGCAAACUGGGCUUCCUAAUAUAAAAAGUUAAUUUCCAUUUUUAUCCUUUCAAUAUGCACUGCAAAGUUCAUUAACUUACCAUGUUGUAACUAUGAAACUCACUUAGAAUUACAACUUCUAGCCACAAGGUUAGUUUUGCCAAGAUUUUAUUUUUCUACAUGCUUGGAUUACGUUCUUCAGUUUUAUUCAGAAUUCAAAAAAUUAAAUAAAAGUAGUAGUCUACUUAAUUGAACAAAUUACAGAUAAUCUGGCUAUUUUCAAGCUUACGGGAUUUAAAAAAUUCUAAUAUAUUAUAUUAUAAGUUAUAUAGUAGAGGAUGGCCAGUCUUAAAAAGUCCUGCAUAAAUUAUUCUGUAAAAUAAUAAACUUGCUAUGACAAA